AUGAGCAAUGGGCAAGGAGGUUACAACAAAGGAUACUAUAAUUACAAGUCCAACCCUGCCAUGUCAUACCGCAACACUGAUGUUGCUAACCCUCAGGACCAAGUAUAUCCUCAACAACAAGCAGCUCGAUCGAGUCAGGUGCCACAACAUGGGUAUGGACAAAAGAACAAUUACCAAGGACCACAAGGCACUUUCCCUGGACAACAAAUGAAUAUCCCACCAGGCUUCCCCCACCAACCGCCCCAGCCUGCACCUUCACAAGAGAAUGAGCUCAAAGCAAUGCUAAAGCAACUACUUCAAGGGCAAGCUGAUGGGGUAGUGAACACAAGCAAGAAGCUAGCUGAAAUAAACUCUAAGAUCGAGAACCUCAACACAAGGGUUUACUCUCUGGAGAAUCAUGCUUCUUCUGUUGCUGCUGCUACAAAGCAAGGACAACUACCUGGUAAAGCUAUUCAGAACCCCAAAGGAACAGUGCAAGAGAUUGUUGCUGCUGGGGCUCCUGGAGUCCAGAUUGAUCAACUAGAAGUGCAAGCACCUACUGUGGCCAUUCACACUUCACCAGUUGAGCUCGCACGACAAGCUCGAUCGGCAGCUCGAUCGAGUUUAACUCUAGCUCGAUCGAGUCCAACAUCUUGA